AUGGGUCCUUAUAACAACUCCUCUGGCACUUCAAGAACACCGGUUCCGCCACAGCAGGAAGGGCUCAUCCAUCAUCAACAGCCAGGUCCGUCCCAGCAAAAUUCCCAUCGUGGCUUGCCGCAGACACCGAGCGGCACUACUCCACCGAGAAUCUGGGAUGGGUGUCUGCGGAAAGCAUGGAUGAUGCAUCCAGGGGCCGUUCAUAUCCUACAGCAACCCUCAAGAGCGCGCAUGUCUGGAUUCGGAAAUUCCGAUAGGAGACCGGUAGAUCCACCAGCGAUCCUACAAGUCACCGCCUUCGAUGCCGCCGGAAUGCAACCCAUCAGUGCGGAUGAAGCUUCACGGCUCGUUGUCCAUGCAUCGCUAUGGAGCGCGAACGGUCGAGAAGACCGGAAUGUGGUCGUCAGUCCAUACUACUAUGUAUCGCGGACCGGUCAUGGGACAGGCGACGACGAGGCAGGCAUAUCAGCAAGGGACGGCGAGGACGGCGCUGACAUGAUGGACGACCACGAGAAUCCGGACAAUUGGCAUGAUGGGUCGUCAAGUACGCCAGAACCAUCACAAGCAGCCGAUUCAGUCCCUCCUCCCAACCUUGCUAUCCUAAAACCGGCCGUAGACCAUGAUCAAGACAUCCUCCGGAAUCGGUCUCCAUCGACGGUAGAUCCCAUUACUCGUUUAAAGCGACCGUCUGAAACGUCUCUGACCGCGGACGCGGAAAGCGAUCUAAGCGGUCAGCAUGGGUACUUUGCGAUCUUCUCCGACUUAUCGAUUCGAACGCCGGGCGAAUAUAGAAUACGAUUCAGCUUAUUACAGCUGUUUCCCGCUACUGGGGCAACGGUGGAAAGUAGCCCAUCUACACCGAUCCUCGCCACAGCACUGAGCGACGUUAUAUCCGUCUAUCAGCCAAAGCGGUUCCCUGGUCUAUUGAGCACCACGGCGAUUUCAGAGCACUUUGCCAAACAAGGAGUGCCAAUACACGUGCGCAAGUUCAGCGUCAAGAACAGUCGAGAACCUCUCUCGCGCCCUACCGCGCUUCUCGCCACACUCUUUCGCACCACUCUAUAUAUCCGCUUGCAAUCGAUCCUACGUCACAUUGCAACGACAGCCGUUUUCCGAGUCGCUCUCCCAGGUCUUCCGGCCCAAGCCGGUUUGGCGUCUCCCCCGUUCCUUUUGCCCCCGCGCGUUCCAGCCUGCAACCAGGGUCAAUCACACUUGCCCAGUUUCAGCAUCGCGGCCUCUAUAUCUGCAACCACUCGGCUUGAUCCCGGCCCAGCUUCUUCCCUCGACCGCCGUACUCUGAUCACGUUAAAUAAGCGGCCCGGUUCGCUUUGGGUAGUCGAAAGGGGAUUUCACUUCAACGUGCACUUCUUUUUGGGCACAUCGGCUGAUACAGGGGCGACAGCCGGCCGCCCUCAUCUACCCUUAGCACGUUCGUUGGUUUUGCUACCGUUUCCUCGACAUCAUUUUGCAAUGCUAGACAAUGCGACGCAGCGCCUGAUGAGUUUGAUGCGGAAAUCUGUUGAGGCCACCGACGUCGAGCACAGCGGACCUACUGCUUAG